UGCAGCAGUCAGAGACAAAUAGCGGGGAGAGGUAGAAUGGUGGUUGCCUGCACGAGGAGCAAGACGUGGAGGAGGCAUGGGGAAGUGCAUUUCCAGAAACUUGGUGCUGGUGGGCGGUGUGAUUCUCGGUGUUCUGGUGAUUAUCGCCAUUGUGCUCGCCGCCACACUGGGAGGCGAAGAAUCUGCAAUUGGAGCCGGUAUCCUUAAAGAAGUUCCCCUGGUGGACGGGCAUAACGACUUGCCUUACAACUUAAAGACGCUGAAUCACAACUUCCUGAAGAACUUCAGUUUCGAAGAUUUGAAGGGUGAUCCUGUGUGGAACUGCAGUAGCUGCUUCACGGACCUGAGAAGACUGAAGGAAGGCAGAGUGGGAGCUCAGUUCUGGGUGGCCUACGUCUCCUGUAAGUCUCAGUACAAAGACGCUGUCGCACAGACUCUGGAGCAAAUAGAUGUGAUCAAAAGGCUCAUCAAGAAGUAUCCAGACCACUUGAAACUGGUCACCACGGCAGAUGGUAUUUUGGAGGCUUUUCAAAACAAGAAGAUCGCAAGUCUGAUAGGGGCAGAGGGAGGCCAUUCAAUAGACAGUCGCCUGGCAGUUCUCAGACAGAUGUAUGACCUGGGAGUCCGCUACCUCACCCUUACACACUCAUGCAACACUCCGUGGGCAGAUGGGUCACCAGUGGACGACGUACCUAUAUCUCCUGAUGCAGAGAAGGAUCGUCAUGGCGGUCUGACGGAGUUUGGAAAGACUGUUGUGCUCGAGAUGAACCGCCUAGGAAUGUUGGUAGACCUGUCCCAUGUGUCCCACCAGACCAUGAUAGACGCCCUCAACGUAUCGAAAGCACCUGUCAUAUUUUCUCAUUCAUCAGCCUAUACGUUAUGCAACCAUCAUCGCAACGUACGGGACGACGUGCUAGCUACGGUGGCCAGAAACGGCGGAAUUGUGAUGGUCAACUUUUACUCGGGCUUUAUCCAGUGUAAUGCAUCGAAAAACGCUACAGUGGAUGAUGUCAUAGCCCACAUCAACCACAUCCGAAAGACAGCUGGCGUGAACCAUGUCGGCAUAGGUUCAGACUAUGAUGGAGUUGACAGGAUGCCAGAAGGAUUGGAGGACGUGUCAAAGUACCCUCACCUAUUUGAGCGGUUGGCGCAAAUAGAUGAACCCAAAUGGAGCACAAAAGACCUCAAGAAACUCGCUGGACUCAACCUCAUAAGGGUCUUCAAGGAAGUCGAGAAGGUGAGGAACAAACUGGCCAAGAUUAAGCAAGAACCAUAUGAAGACCAGCUGCCCCUGUAAGACUAGGCUACGAACGCUGGCGUCAGCAAGGGCGUGCAUGCUCGCGCAUGCGCCGUCUCAUUCAUGACCUAGGGAGGGGAAAAAGGCCCGUACUUGAUAAUACACUACAUUCUGUUAAAUUAACAGUGAUACUGUAACUAAGGGUGAAUUUUGGUACACGAACGACUGAAAAAACUGAAACCUCGUAUGUGACACUUUCAUAAAACUCUUCCAGAUCCAGGACAUGAUGUGCACUGCUCGGCUCCAAAAUACAUAUGAAAAUAUCUUAAAGGGCUACAGUGCACACAGCGGAAGUGACUUUGUUACGUCAUCCUUAAAGAGGCGUAUCCUGCUUCCUAGGACCGAUGAAAUGACACAUAUUUUCUGUCUGGUAGCGUGAUCUGCCGUCUCCUUGCUUUUAUCGGGAAUUUCUGGGAGCAACUAGAACGAUAUGGUGCACUGAGCCCUAAAAUGUAAAUGUUAUCUCUACUGAUUUUUGUUCUAUUGCCGUAGGAAAGAUAUUGCAUGGUCAAAACCCCUGUCUCUUCUGCACUGUGUCUGAUGUUAUGGAAAUAUGCACAGACGUAUGGAAACUCCCCUGAACUUUCUUUCAGUAAACAUAUUUCCUUCAA